AAACGCUGAACGUCUGGUGUGGUUUUAACGUGCGUCAUUUUUAUGUCGCGUAGUUUUAUCAUAGAGUGGUAGUCGUUCAAACAGGAAAGGAUUUUUACCUUUUUUUCUCGGUGGAAGUCAGCUUGAGUUUGAGAAAGGAGAAAGGAAAUCACGUUUCACGCUUCUUCAACGCGAUGUCGAAGAGAUCGUGGUUUGGUUACAACGAUGCGAAGACAAAACGGUUCUUGAUUGUUUUCAUCUUCGGAACGCUGGUAAGGGAAACCUUUUAACUUAGCAUGAUCAAUGCACGUUCUGACUUUCCAGUGUUCGUAUAGUUAUUUUUCUCUAAUUUGGUUACGUUAAUGAAAUGAUAUUCGUUUUUUCGAAAAGUGGUAAAUGGUGAAGUUAAAUGUGCUUACGUGUUAGUUUCAGAAGAGUGAUGACUCACGCUAUUCUCAAUUUUGAUAUACGACCUCAAAGAUUCAUGAUUCGCGACAUUCCUGUAAACAGCGACCGAAUCAUUUGUCCGUGGUUGUCUAGAACUCAAUCAUGACUUAUCCAACUAGAAAAAUGACGUCGAAAUUUAGAUUGUAUGGUUUACAGUUCACUAUGUUAGAAAAGAAAGUGCACAGGUAAAAGGUGUAAUUGGCUUGAUUAUCUAUCUUCAGGAAGUCCAUUCACUUUCGUUUAUCGUAAAAACUGACUAGACAGCAUCACACCACGCAAUUGAAAUAUACUGUAAAUCAUUUAUGACCUAAAAUUAAAAAUAUUUAUAUUUCCCAAUCAUACAGUCAACAUAUGUAUCAGCGAUCGUUCUUUGUAAGACUAGUAAAUCUUAAAACACCCUUGAUGAUGACAUCAGUUCAUAGCAAUGUUGGUGUCAUAUGCAUAUCCUGUCACAAGGUAGUCACGAGACUUAAGCUUAACUGCGACUUCACAAACCUAUCCUUUUAUGGUUGAAACUGAUAGCAUAAGGUUGGUAUCGUAACAUGUAACGAAAUUGGACUUGGGCGCACGACUGUUUUAGUUAAGUGUCGGCGAUUGUUCAGUCGUCUAAACUUAGGUUGCCAAUGAAGCUAACAAAAAAUACAAAAUUAAAGCAUGUCGACCUAGCAUAGAUCUUUAAUGAAAGAUACCGUAUUUUCAAGUCAUAUAUGAGUGAAGGGGUAAGUUUCUAUAGAAACUGUGGUGCUGCGUCGGUGGGAGAGCAUGACGGGGUAAUUAAGUAUUAUCAACUGAGUUGAUAACGUAAAUUGGCCACCGUAAAGAGUUUAAAAGCUGAGGUUUCGAGCGUUAUCUUUUCGUCAAUCGCUCUGACAAAGGGCUAACUAAAUUACCCCAUAUAUGGGUGAGUAAUUUUGGAUGGGAAGUGUGCCAAACCUGAUUCUCAACGACCAGCUCUUGACGCUACGAACAUGAAUGAAAUCAGCAUGCUCACCUUUUGUUUCAUCAUCGAGGUCUCCACGAUAUGGCAUGUACACAUUGUUUUGCAACAUGAUAGCCAUCUCAGGAUGGUUUUGCUGACCCGAUGUGAACGCCGUUUUAGCUCCCACAAGUGAAUUUUAAAUCACGCAAUCGUUCCCAGGAAAGAAUGGAGAGGUGAUUUAUCUUUGUGAACGAGUCGCGUUCGAAGUAUAUUUUGAAGGGACAAAAGAGGGAUGAAAAAACUUACCCAAAGAGUAGGCUACAAAACAAACGAAUGAGUGCAAUGUGGCCUGAACUCACUUAUACCGCCAGGUUUGCUUCAUAGAAUUCUAUGACAAUCGGUUGAUUAUUUCUUGAAUACAUUCAGUUACAUUCAGCUGGAUUACAGCAGUUUCACAAUAUGAAUACGAUUUCAGCUCUUCCCUGAUGGAUACGAUUUGAGUCAUUCGGAAUCUACUUUAAAAACGAUAACUGCAAUUGAUUUAUCCAUAUAAAUAUGUUUUUUCUCUCAUUGUCUCGUAUAGAUCUGCCGUGUCGGAGGAGACUUUCCGUGCAAAUCAGAACAGAUACACUGGAAUGGCACAACUCAGAAAAAAUACAAAUGCGUAGAUUGUCCUGACUGUCCCGUGGGAUCAGAGAUUUCUGUGCCAUGUGGUACAUCAGUGAAAUACGGGACACCCAUUCAUUGCGUUUCGUGCCAACUGGGUAAAACAUACUCAGAAAAAUAUGACAAAGCGCAGUGCAAGGCAUGCACAAUAUGCUCUACAGGGAAAGCACUGGUCAAGAACUGCACCCUGGUCUCGAACACUCGGUGCAGCACAGAGUGCCAGAAAGGCUUUUAUUCUUUUCCGUUUAGUUUUGCCUGUUGGCCUUGCUCGGAUUGUUGCCAUGAUGGUAAAGAUGAGCUUCCAAAAGAGUGCAGCGGAAAUUAUCUGAAGAAGUGCAAAAUGCGUUCAUCGCCCUGUAGUUAUGUGCGCAGCACAAAUACCCCGGCCACAACUGCAAAGUGGAUUCCCUGGGCUCCCACACAGAUGUCAUUGCAAAGAGGUACACCGACACCCUUUCCAACCACGAAAGGAGAAAAGGUCACAUCGCCAGCAUUUUCCACUUACUCAGUCGAAUUUCCUAGAUCUAGGAUCGACCAAUCCAUAACCACCACCAAAUCGACAAAGUCUCCGAAAGAGGGGAGUGGAAAUGAAGUGCUCCUUAUUCUUUCCGGAGUAGGCGUAGCGCUUGGAAUUAUAUUCCUGUUUGCUCUAACAGUGGUAAUGGCUCGUCAUGGAUGGUUCUGCAGGCCUUGUUUUCUCAGGUGGGGAAAAUCGGAGAAUUCAGUCGAGUUUCCACCGGCGCAAAUCGAGAUGAAGCCAGCUUCAUCACAAGAGGAACUCAGGCCCGGUGAGCUCCUAUAUCGACCAAAACUGACUGAAUAAACUACUUAGAUUUAUAUAUUUUUUUUUCACGAAUCUAAUAUUGUUUCUAUCAUUUUUAGUUCUUGAGAUUGCUUUGGCCCGUUCCAAACACUACUCCUCGUUACAUGCAUUAGCUGGUGAACAUGAUCUUGAAUUACAAUUGUGUAAAGCUUUCAUCAGAUUGAUGAAUUUUGUAUUUCUUUGUAGACGAUGUAACCUUGGAGGAGCUGGAAGAAAACAACUUGGAUUUGUUGGAUUGGGUUUGCACCCGGCUUGAUAACGGGAAAUCAGGUUUCCGGCAAGACUACGAGCGCUUGGCUGCUAAAUACAAACUAAUUUCCCCGGAAGUACGAAAAUCCUUGAAAAAUGAAUUUAAAAGUGAAGGUGGAAGCCCCUCCAAGAUGCUGAUGAGCCAGCUGCAAAAUUUGUACCCCAGCUAUCCUGUUCGUUGUCUUGUAAGGAUGCUGAAAGAGAUCGGAAGAAAUGAUAUAGCACAAAAAUUGAGACCCUACAUAAGGAAAAAUGCGGAAAACUAAUAUUAGCGAAUUGAUGACUUUCAGGGAGCCCAACAAUAAAAUUAGCAAAGCUUUUCAUAGGCUCUCUCAAGCGAUAAUUAAUGGAAAGUGAUGCUAGACUUGCUUUACAUCAGACAACUUUUACAAGUAUGUGGGAUUCAUAGCUGAAUUGCAGCUAUUUGUGUUGAAGAAGACUGACUGCGUGAAUGAAUUGAUUCGUAUAAAUCUCUCUUUUUUUUAAGGCCGGGUUUCCUUCUAAAUGAGCUAAAUUGUCCACUUCACAAGUGUUUUGGAUAAUGUUGUUGGGUUGUAAGAAAAGGUUACACUUUGAUCACACGCUGAAUUCAAAGAUCUCGCCCACUGGAUUGUAAAGAAGUAAAGAAGUUUAAAAAAAUUCAUUAUUUAAAGAACAAGAUAAUAUCCACAAUUUAUAUUCUGUUUACCUGCUGGUUAACAAGGGACAGGUAAAAUGUUCC